CCGAUUCUGCUCUGUUAAGGCUUGCCGCCACUGAUGCUGCAAGCUCUGAACGGGCUGCACGACCUCCACAUAUUUUCUGUUGCAUAUUGGACAUACCUGGCAGGGGACUCUUAAAUGCUGGGGACAAAGGAGAAGCGAGGGAUUUUUCCAGCAGCAAUGUUUGAUGUUUUGAUUGCUUCUAUCCUGAAUUUCAGGUCUAAGCAAUACCUAUGGGCAAGGCCACCUCUGAACCGGAUGCCCCCUCCUAGAUUUCGAGGCCCUCCAGGACCCGGCCUGCCCCUGGUGCGAGGACCUCCUCCCCUGAGAGGCCCCAUGCCCAUGAUGAGAGGUCCACCCCCUCCGCCCGGUCCCCCUGGGAGAUAUCUACGGCCACCGUUCGACCCCAACUUCCCCCCCAUGCCACCACCUCCAGGCGGGAUGCCUCCCCCGGGGAUGCCACCUCCACCCAUGCAGGUAGGACUGAUGAGACCGCCCAUGAUGCCACCCCCUAUGCCGGGCAUGCCGCCCCCGAUGAUCCCACCACCUGGUCAGCCGCCGCCCAACAUGCAGCCUCCCCCCAUGCAGCCCCCUGCCACGGCCUCCACCACCCAGGCAUCCCCAAGCGCCCAGCCCCCCACACUAGACCCUAACCAGGAGAUCUGGGUGGAGAACAAGACUCCUGAAGGGAAGGUGUACUACUACAACGCUCGGUCCAGAGAAUCCACCUGGACCAAACCUGCAAAUGUCAAGAUAAUACAGCAGAGCGAGCUGCAAGCUUUGGCGGCACAGGCUACCUCAGCGUCGACAACGGGAACGCCCUCCAAUGUUACAGCCUCGCCAACAACAUCUACAGCACCAGCUACAACCACAUCAACACAGGCACCACCCCAGCCUGCUCAAGCCGUUACCCAGGCUCCGGCGGUGCCCCCCACCCAGCCAGCCACGACCGCCCCAGCCCAGAUCGCCCCUCCCCAGCCGACCCUGGCCCUGACCCAGCCUCCACCCAUGCUGCCCGUGCACGGCCAGCACCCACCAGGACUGCCCACCAUGGGUCACAUGAUCCACCAGGCCAUGCCUCCCAUGAUGCCGCCCUUCCGCAUGCCCAUCCCAGGAAUGAUGCCGAUGCCCGGAAUGCCCGAUGUUGCUUUUCUGAGACCCGAGUUGAUAGAGGGGAAAAUCCGACAUCCACUGGGUGGUACAGCGGUUUUGCGUCGGUACCGCAUCCAUGCUGGCCCCCUCGUGGAUGGCAUGCCACUUCCAGGGAUGGUUCCACACGGCAUGCCCCCGGGCAUGUUUCCUCCACAGGUCGCACCUCAGGUCGCGUUGCUAAACGGUGAGUGGUCAGAACAUCGCAACGCCGACGGGAGAACCUACUACUACAACCAUCGCACCAUGGAGUCCACCUGGGAGAAACCCAAGGACCUGCAGAAUGCCAUCGAUGCUACCAACCAGCAGGCUGCUAGCCCAACAGCAGCCACCACAGCAGCUGGACCUGAAGCUGCUAAAGAGGAAGAGAAGAAGGAUGGGGAACAGAGCCAGGAGGAGAAGAUGGACACUGAGGAAGGGGCAGAGGAGGACAAGAAGGAAGGGGACGAGUCAGAGGGAGAGAAGAAAGAAGAGGUGGAACAUGAACAGACAGAAGAGGAGAAGGCCAGAGAGAAAGCCAAACCUGUAGCUACACAAGGGGUACCAGGCACACCAUGGUGCAUUGUGUGGACGGGUGACGAGAGGGUGUUCUUCUACAACCCCACCACGCGCCUGUCGCUAUGGGAACGGCCAGAGGAGCUGCUGGGAAGGACGGACGUGGACAGGCUCAUCAUGGAACCUCCGCACGUCAAGAAGGACGAGGAAGCUGGUAUCAAGAACAAGAAUGACGAGACAUCAGAAGAGGAGCCAAAGUUGAAAAAGAAAAAGCUUGAAGAUGAGAAGAAGCCAUCAGAUGUGGACCCAGAGAAGGAGGCAGCCAUGGAGGCAGAGAUUAAGGCAGCUCGGGAACGUGCCAUCGUACCACUGGACAUCCGCAUGAAACAGUUCAGGGACAUGCUGCUAGAGAGAGGAGUUUCAGCAUUUUCCACAUGGGACAAGGAACUACACAAGAUUGUGUUUGAUCCAAGAUACCUGCUGCUGAACAACAAGGAGAGGAAGCAGGUGUUUGAGCAGUACGUGAAGCAGCGCGCGGAGGACGAGCGGAAGGAGAAGCGCAGCAAGCUGAAGGAGGCUAAGGAGGAGUUUGUGCAGCUGAUGGAGGAGGCCAAGAUUUCUGCCAAGACCAGCUUUAGUGAGUUUGCCAUGAAGAACGGGAAGGACCACCGCUUUAAGGCCAUUGAGAAGAUGCGUGACCGGGAGGCCCUGUUCUCCGAGUUCAUGACCACCCUGCGCAAGAAGGAGAAGGAGACGAGUCGUAGCCGUGCGGAGAAGGUCAAACAGGACUUCACUGACCUGCUCAAAGAGCAGAACGUGGACAAGUACUCCCGCUGGAGCAAGGUCAAGGACAAAGUGGAGUCCGACUCUCGUUACAAGGCUGUAGACAGUAGCCACCUCCGAGAGGAGUGGUUCAAGAUGUACGUAGAGACAAAGGCAAAGGAGGAGGAUGCUGAAAAGGAGAGAGAAAAAGAGCGCCAGAGGAGAGCAGAGGAAAGUCUGAAGGAGAGACAAAGAGAAGUGCAGAAGGAGAGAUCAGAGCUGAUCAGAGAAGUAGACAGAGAGAGAGAACAGCACAAGAGAGACGAGGCAACCCAGCACUUCAAGGCACUGCUGGCAGAUAUGGUGAGGAAUGCAGACGCCAACUGGCGGGAGACCCGGCGGCAGCUGCGGAAGGACCACCGCUGGGAGCUGGCCAACCUCCUGGACAGGGACGAGAAGGAGAAGCUCUUCAACGAGCACAUCGACAUGCUGACCAAGAAGAAGAGGGAACAGUUCAAGCAGCUGCUGGACGAGACGUCUGAGGUACACGUGCGAGACCAGCAGAUCACUCUGAUGUCCUCAUGGAAGGAAGUUAGGAAAAUCAUCAAAGACGACCCUAGGUUUUCCAAGUUCUCGUCCAGUGAUAGGAAACGGGAGAGGGAGUUCAACGACUACAUCCGAGACAAGUUUGUUGCUGCCAAGGCUGACUUCAGGACACUUCUGAAAGAGACCAAAUUCAUCACGUACAAGUCUAAGAGAUUGUUCGAGGAUACCGACGGUCACCAUCUUAAGGAUGUGGAGAAACUCCUGGAGAAAGACAAACGUUACCUGGUGCUGGACUGUGUACCUGAGGAACGCAGGAAACUCCUGAUGUCGUACAUCGAAGACUUGGACCGGAGAGGUCCGCCUCCACCCCCAACAGCAUCAGAACCCACCAGAAGAACAGUCAAAUAGUCAUUCUCAAUCCACGGAAACAAUAGUAGUUAGUGGCUAACCUUAGAAUGGUUACUGCAUUUGUUCCUUAGUCAUUUGAACAGAUGAGGUGCAACAGUGAACCUCUUGUAAGGUGCUCUCUGGUAUUACAUUAUUAAUUUCUUAUAUUUUACCAUAGCAAAGUGAUAAGUGGUAGUACAGACUGUGUACAUUAAACAAGCUGCAAAAUCAUGAGCCUUUGUCCAGUCUAAGUCAAUGUUGCAAGUUUCAGUCAUGAGACAGAAUGACAAGUUACUACAAUGUAUUUUACCUGAAUAUUUUCCUCUUCAUUCUGUUUUGCUUGCCCCAAGUCUCACUAGACUUUGCAGUGUAUUGAUACAUUCUGGCUAAGUUUACACUGUAAGAUAAAGUUCAUUGAUGUAUUGACGAAAUGGGUUAAGAGGAACACGGUAAAAAAGGGAAGGUCUGAACGUUGGUACAGGUCAGUUUCUUGCUUUUUAUGGUCAGAUGUGAUAAACAUAUUCUUGUCUAAAUAGUAUAUGCAAUCACACAUCUCUUCAGUAGUCUUUAACAAUACGAGUUACAUGUAAUUAAGGAUAGGAAUAAAUGUUAUUAUGAGACAGCCAACCCUGGAACCUAGGACUCUGCUGGGAGUAGACCAACUCUAUAGCAACCCAUGUAAACAACUUGGAAGUCUUGCACCUGUGUAUAAUUCUGUACAGUACAGUUGUACUCAAGUCCUAUAGUGUACAGGCAAGACUUCUCACGAGAUGAUUUUAUACCAGACAUUGUAGGAAAGGAAAGUUUCCUGGAGAUUCAUGUAAGAAGUUGGAAGCAAUAAAGGGGUUACUUUUCUUAUA